GUCUUUGCUAAGACCCUUUCCGAUAGUCGCUGCUCCCCGCUAGACGGUGACAUCAGCCAGGACACCCAGCUGCUGGCAGGGAACUGCGGGCGGGAGGAGGCUCCGCCGGCUCCGCGUCCAUCAGCGCAGCGCUGCGCGGGGGGAGCAGCCGGUGUCCGUGCGGGGUCACUGCUGGAUGGGACCAAACCUUACAAAGCCACUUGCUGCUCCUUGCCAGCCGGCUGUAAAAGCACCCAGAGAGCCCAGGAGAGCUGGAUGAACCCUGAGCGCCAGCCACCACGGCUUGCUCGGCUUUUCCCCGUGGAGGAGUUAAUGGUUUAAGUGAGGGGCGCCUGGAUCUGGUCCCUGAGUCACCAUGACUCUCCUGGGGUCUGAGCACUCCUUGCUGAUCCGGAGCAAGUUCAGAUCAGUUUUACAGCUACGGCUCCAGCAGAGAAGGACCCGGGAGCAGCUGGCAGACCAAGGCAUCAUGCCACCACUGAAAAGCCCAUCUGCAUUCCAUGAACAGCGAAAAAGUCUGGAGCGAGCCAAGACUGAAGAUUAUCUCAAGCACAAGAUCAGAAGCAGGCCUGAGCGGUCAGACCUGGUCAAUAUGCACAUUCUGCAAGACUCAGCUGCAGAGGGGUCCAUUCAGUCUACCCAAAUGAAGCUGAAAAGAGCCCGACUGGCCGAUGACCUCAACGAAAAGAUCGCGCUCAGGCCGGGUCCUUUGGAGCUGGUGGAGAAGAAUAUUAUUCCCGUGGACUCGGCUGUGAAAGAGGCCAUAAAAGGCACCCAGGGCGGCUUUCCCCGGCAGAGCGACGCCUUCGCCUUCGAGGAGGACAGCAGCAACGACGGGCUGUCCCCGGAGCGGCCCCGCAGCCGCGGCUCCCCGGGCCCCGCCGAGCCGCCCCCCGCCUCCAAAGCACCGGAGCCGCCCCCCGCCGGCCCUGCCGGGGCUCCCCAGGAUCGGCCCCCCAGUGCCGAUGGGCAGGCUGCGGAUGCUGCCCCGGGGCAGGGCCGGCAGUGCGAGAGCCCCAAGCCGGCAGCGGGGCAGGAGAGCCCCACGCUGCCCCUGCCCUCUGCCGUGAAGUCCAAACCAUCCAGUGACAGCAAGAACCGUCACAAAAAGCCCAAAGACACCAAGCCCAAAGUGAAGAAGCUCAAGUACCACCAGUACAUCCCCCCAGACCAGAAAGCAGAGAAGUCCCCUCCACCCAUGGAUUCUGCAUAUGCCAGACUGCUCCAGCAGCAGCAGCUCUUCCUGCAGCUCCAGAUCCUCAGCCAGCAGCAGCAGCAGCAGCAGCAGCAGCACUUCAGCUAUCCUGGGAUGCACCAAGGACAGCUGAAGCAAUCAAAUGAGCAAAUGGUCAAAAGUUCAAAUUCUUCAUCAACUUCUGGCAACAACACCCCUCUUUCUCCAGUGAAAACCACCUUUUCAGGCCAGACUUGUGUCUCAUCUAUCAAGCCAGGCCCUCUGCCAUCCAACCUGGAUGAUCUCAAAGUGUCGGAGCUGAGGCAGCAGCUCCGAAUCCGAGGCCUGCCCGUGUCGGGAACCAAAACGGCGCUGAUGGAGCGGCUGCGGCCCUUCCAGGAGUGCGGCAGCAGCACGGGGCCCGGCUUCAGCGAGAUCACCACCGUCACCUUCCCAGUCACUCCAACCAGCACCCUGCCCACCUACCAGUCCCAGUCCUCCAGCAGCAUGCUAUCCAACGGCUUCUAUCACUUCGGCAGCACCAGCUCCACCCCGCCCAUCUCACCCGCCUCCUCCGAGCUCUCUGUCAGCGGCUCCUUGCCGGACACCUUCAACGACGGGCCCAUGGCUUCUCCACAGUUCGGCCUGCAGCCAUCACCGGCUCACGGCAGCGCUGAGGAAAGCCUCAUGAGCAGCAUGAACGGAGGGAGCAUCCAGCUGGAACUGGAAGGAAUAGACACGGAGAAAGACAAGAUGCUGGUGGAGAAGCAGAAGGUCAUCAAUGAACUGACGUGGAAGCUGCAGCAGGAGCAGAGGCAGGUGGAAGAGCUGCGGAUGCAGCUCCAGAAGCGAAAGAGAAGCAAUGGCCUUGAGGAGAAGCAGCAGCAUUUCUUUGGUGUCCCCAUCAAGCAAGAAAACGCCGUGUCCAGCUGUCCGUUUGCAUCCAAACAAAUGGCGCUGAAAGGCCAGGCGGGCAGCUCGGAUAAGCUGAGUAACUGUGGGGUACCACAGGUGCCCCACAUCGUAAACAGCCACUGCCUGGAGCCCGCAGGGCAGAGCACCAUCGCCUCCUCGACAUUCCUGAGCCCGCAGUGCUCCCCGCAGCACUCUCCCCUGGGCGCUGCAAAGAGCCCCCAGCACAUCAGCCUGCCACCGUCCCCCAACAGCCACUACCUGCUGUCCCCCGAGGCCCGCAGCGGGUCCCCCCCGGCCGGCAGCUGCCUGCGCCCGGCCCCGCAGAUGACACGAAGUCAGCAGAUGGACGAGCUCCUGGACGUGCUGAUUGAGAGUGGAGAAAUCCCAGCCAAUGCCAAGGAAGAUCGGUCCUGCCUGCAGAAGGUCCCUCAGAUCAUGGUGUCUCCAGGGAGCUCGGGCUCCGUGCCCAAGGGCUCUGCCCCGUUCGAGCCGGGCUCCUCGGCCCCGCUGCCCUUCGAGCACUGCCCGGGCAGCAGCGACGCCCACCUGGAGGUGCUGCUCAAUGCCCACAGCCCCCUGGGCAGGGUGGGCGAGAUGGCCCUGCUGAAGAUGGGGGGUGAGGAGCCCCACUUCGAAGGGAUGAUGGAGGGGUUCUCCGGCAAAGCCGCCGAUGAACUGCUCAACUCCCAGGAGAUUUUACAGACUCCCCUGUCGCCCAUGGACACCCAGCUGUCCCCUUCCCCUGCCGAAGGCUCCGCUUUACAAAUGAGUUUCACCGAGUCUCCGUGGGAAACGAUGGAGUGGCUGGACCUCACCCCCCCCAGCUCGGCCAGCGGCUUCAGCUCGCUCACCCCCGCGGGCCCCAGCAUCUUCAACAUCGAUUUCCUGGAUGUUGCCGACCUCAACCUGAACACCAGCAUGGACCUGCACCUGCAGCAGUGGUGAAGGGACUGCUGGGGCAGGGUGCUGUGAGCCUGCAGCAGGCAGCACAGUGCUCCUGUCCUGCCACAGAACGUGCAGGGCUAACGUGCCUUAUCCAGGGCAAACUGGAGUCAUUUUCCCAGCAUAUAAACUUGUUUGAAUUUCCAGUCACUGAAAACUGACAGCACAACUCUGGUACUUCGUUUUUCCUCCGUUGACACAACCCCACAGAAGACACCGGUGCCUGAAGCAACACUUCCUUUGAUUGACAAGAACUUCCAUUUUCUUCCUCUAAUCUUCCAUCCCCCCCUCCCAGUUUUAGCAGUCACUCUUGUGAGAACUGGAGCAGCUCAUGGCAAGACUGUGUGGUGAGGUGACCUCACCUGGGUGGCAACAGGAAAUCAUGGAGAGGGAAGCCCACUGUUGCUCUCCUCUCCUCUCCUCUCCUCUCCUCUCCUCUCCUCUC